AUGAUUCUCCCAGUGCUGUUGCUGUGUCUCACAGCUGUGCUGCCUCUGUCCACUGGACAGGAAUCUGGAGGUUUUGAUGCUCUGUCAACUAGCAAAAUAGAUCAGCAAAAGCUGAUUGUUGACAAACAUAAUACCCUUAGGAGAGGAGUAAAACCAACUGCCAGCAACAUGUUGAAGAUGGAAUGGGAUCCUGCGGCUGCAAAUAAUGCCCAAAAAUGGGCCAAUCAAUGCACUUUAAGUCACAGUCCUGCUAAUAUGAGGACAACAACUGUACCAUGCGGUGAAAAUCUCUUCAUGUCAACUGCCCCUUUCUCAUGGUCAGAUGCUAUUCAGGCCUGGUACAAUGAGGAGAAAGAUUUCGAAUACGGAACUGGAGCAAAAACACAAGGUGCUGUGAUUGGCCAUUACACUCAGGUGGUCUGGCACAGUUCUUAUCAAAUUGGAUGUGCUGUUGCUUUCUGUCCCAACAGUAAAUACAAGUACUUUUAUGUCUGCCAGUACUGCCCCGCGGGAAAUCUACUAAGUUCAAUUCCGACACCCUACAAAAAAGGACCACCUUGUGGUGAUUGCCCUAAUGCUUGUGAGAACGGAUUAUGCACCAAUCCUUGCAAGCAUCACGAUAUCUUUGGAAACUGCAGAAAUCUGAAAAUCUUGUUUAGCUGCAACCAUUCACUGGUGAAGGAGAAGUGUCCUGCUACCUGUAGGUGCACCACUCAGAUCGUAUAA